AUGUCGUCAUUAAUUUCAAAUUCGCUCUCAAAAAUCAUAGUAACAGGAAAUUUAUUUAACAUCAAUAAACCACAAAAUAAAAAGUCUCUUACACUAAUUGAAUUACUCAAUGAAUCUCAACCAUAUCAAGAAUUCAGUCGUCUUCAAGAUGUUGAAUUAUCAGAAUUAAAUUAUAAAAAUGACUUACUUUCAAGAAUACAAGGUUCUCUUGUUGGUCUUGCUAUUGGUGAUGCUCUCGGAGCACCGGUUGAAUUUCGUCCAAAUUCCUUUUUGUUACAUAAUCCUGUAUCAGAUAUGCAAGAUGGUGGUACAUGGGGUUUACAAGCUGGUCAAUGGACUGAUGAUGCAUCAAUGGCACUUUGUCUAGCUGCUAGUCUUAUUAGUAAAGGAAGUUUUGAUGGUUAUGAUCAAUUAUUACGAUAUAAAGGGUGGCAUAGAAAAGGAUAUAUGUCUUCGACAGGUACAUGUUUUGAUAUUGGAGCUGCAACACGUCAAGCUAUAAAUGAAUUUGAAAAUCGUCAACGUCAAAGUGCUCAAAUAUUACAAAAAAAAUUAGGUAUAAUUAUACCAGACGAUUCUUUGGACAAACAAAUUGGAGAAAAACUUUCUCAAGUUAAUUUUAAUGUAGAAUGUGGUACAAAAAAUGCUGCUGGUAAUGGACCACUUAUGCGUUUAGCACCAAUACCUUUAUUUUAUUAUCGAUCAGAAUCGGAUGCUAUUCAAAAUGCUGCUAAUAGUGUAAAACUUACACAUGGUGAUAAAAAAGCAAUUGAUACUUGUCAAUUUUAUUCUGCACUUAUUUGGAAUGCUAUAAAUGGUAAAACUAAAGAUGAACUUUUAUCUUCGAAAUUCUAUCGUCAACAUUUUAAGAAAGAUUUUGAUCAAGAUCUUAUGACAAUUAUUAAUGGUUCAUAUAAAAAUAAAAAAAAUGGAUAUAAAGAUGGUAUUCGUGGUACAGGUUUUAUAUUAAAUUCACUUGAAGCUGCUUUAUGGGCAUUUUAUAAUGAUGAAGAUUCUUUUGAAAAAGGUGUUCUUUUAGCUGUAAAUUUAGGUGAUGAUACUGAUACAACAGGUGCUAUCUACGGACAAUUGGCUGGUGCAUAUUAUGGUAUUGAAGGAAUUCCAAAACAUUGGCGUGAUAAAUUAUUUCAAAAAGAUUUUAUUAUUACAUUAGCUAAUGGAUUGUAUCUUAAAGGCAAUGCUAACUAUCGACAUAAAAGAAAAUCAACUGUUAUAGAAGAUAUGGAAGAAGAUACUUCUCCGAAUAAAAUAAGAAAUAUAUCAACAAUCAAUAAAAAAACACCUCAUAUUAUUACUGAAUAUAAAUAA